AGACUCCCGAGAGCGCAAACAUCAUCAAACAGCGCAUGACCGCCGAUGGCCACAAGGUCUCCGCUCUUCAUGCCGCGUUUCAAGGGCGCACAGCGCGACGAACUUCUCGCCAAAUUCCGCAGCCGCGAGAACAAGGUCUUCAUCACUACAAAACGUCCUGGCCCGUGGCAUUAACAAAUGUCUCUAUAGUAAUCAACUACGACAUCCCCAUGAAGGGUCGAAGCGACGAUGACCCUGACCACGAGACCUACCUCCACCGCAUUGGCCGCACGGGUCGUGUCUCAAUCAGCUUUGUCUCCGACAAGAAGUCGUAUCAGGGUCUGAAUAAGAUCGCCACCCACUACGGAUGUCAUCGAGAAGAACCGCACGCAAGCGAGCUAUCCUAGCGCAGACAGCCAGAAGCAAGCACAGGCCACCGCGAGCACCUCCUACAACGAAGUUGUGAGUUACGGGGAUGAGACAAGCGGGUCGCUUCCAUCAGCUUUAACAGUAGCACCCAUCAACCUUGUCCUUUCUGCCCUUGGCAUCAGUAUCUUCAGAUAGAGAAUAUUGAUCUUCUUGCUCUUCUGAUCUGUUGUUUAUCAUCAUACAAACUAUCAGACUCAACACCCACCUUGACGGCCUGACAGGGCGCACACAACCUUAUGAGGAGGAGAUUAUCUAU